GACUUCCUUUGUCAUCCACGUUUGUCAUUCUCGUACAAGAUGACAGCCUGCCUGCCGCUGCAGUAGAAGUCCACCUGAGAUGGCAGGCUGAGUUCGACGUUCAGUUGAAAUCUGCAGUGAAUAAUCUCAAGAAAUUGGUCAUAAUGGCAAGUGAAGAAAUUAAUGAAGACUAUCCAGUAGAAAUUCAUGAGUAUUUAUCAACAUUUGAGAAUUCCAUUGGUGCUGUGGAUGAGAUGCUGAAGACUAUGAUGUCUGUUUCUAGAAAUGAGUUGUUGCAGAAGUUGGACCCACUUGAACAAGCAAAAGUGGAUUUAGUUUCUGCUUACACAUUAAAUUCAAUGUUUUGGGUUUAUUUGGCAACUCAAGGAGUUAAUCCUAAGGAGCAUCCAGUAAAGCAGGAAUUGGAAAGAAUCAGAGUAUACAUGAACAGAGUCAAGGAAAUAACAGACAAGAAAAAGGCUGGCAAGCUGGACAGAGGCGCGGCUUCAAGAUUUGUCAAAAACGCCCUCUGGGAACCCAAACCUAAAAAUGCAUCCAAAGUUGCCAAUAAAGGAAAAAGUAAAAAUUAACCUUUUGGUUUUGAUGUACAGAUAUUCAAAAAGUACAUCAUUUUUAUUGUUUUCCACAAAAUGAUGAUUAUGUGGCAAUGCAGGGUUUAAAUGUAUUCCUUAUUGAAUUCAUAUAUAAAGUUUACAUUUUAAAUUUGUAAUGCUAAAUACUUUUUUUCCCUAGAAAGAUUAAGUUAUCUUUAUUGAUUUUCCUGUGGAUUGCUAUGAGUUUUUUAACAUUGUGGUAUAUUUUAUAUUCAUAGUUUACCAUCUCUCUUCACAAGACUCUUAUUUCCUUAUAUAGAUCAAUCUUUCAAGUACCAUUUUGUAAGCAACUAUGAAAUUUAAGUUAAAUGUUCUUUGUAAACUUUUGUCGAUCUCAAAUGAAUAAUGACUUUAUGAAGUAUGCUAUCUGAAAGCUGAAGUUAUAAAUACAUCUGGUUUCACUAUGUAAUAUUAAGAAAGAAUGAAAUGACUUAAAUGUCCAUUUUUUCCUGUGUAGUUACUUCAUGUUUUCAUGAUUUUGGGAAUUACUGAUUUUUUUGUUAUUUGAAGUGUGAAGCUUUCGGGUUAUACUUUAAUUCUUGGCACUUUUCCUCUAUGUCCCAUUUAAAGUAAAAUAUAUUCUCAUUACCUUUAGUUGGGAUUUGAGAUUGUCUGUUGCUGGGAGGUUGUGUAUUGAUGGCUGAAUUUUGGUGUAAUGGCUAUACCCUAUCCGUAAAGGCUGUAAAUGUUGUAUAGCUUACUGGUUUAUUUUUCUCUUUUGAGUAAAUUUUCCCUUGAAAUUAGGCAGGUAGAUUUUAGAAAUCAUAAGGAAUGGAGACGUUCUUGAGUUUCUCUUCCUGAUGCAUAGUGCCCACAGUUCUCUUGAUCUCGCUUUUUCAUAUUUUUUGAUUGCCUGUUUUUGUGGCUGUACCAAGUACAUACAGGUGUUUCAGAACAACUUUCUAUGUUAUAUAAUACCACUUAAACAGAGGAGAAAUUCAAAGGAGAUUACGUUGUUUUUAUAUUCUGAUUUAUUUUUCUGGAAUAUUUGUUACAGAGAAUUCUACAUAUGUAAAAAAAAUUUUUUUUAUGUCUAAGCCCAUGAAUUUUAAUUAUAUAUCCUUAAUGCUUUCAGUCUUUGAAUCCACAUCAUUAUGUGUAGGAAUGCCAAGUACAGUAAAGUACUUUAAUUUUUGAAAAAGAAGUUGUUAAAAUUUUCUGUGUGAUUAAUUCUCUAUAAGUAACCUUGAAUAAAUGGAUUUCUUGAUUUAUGGUAGCAGAUAUUGGAAAUGGUCUUAAAAUGUAAUGGAUUUUGUAAAGCAUGUUGAACUCUUUCUAUGACGCAUGAAGAGGAAGUCACUGAUAGAUGCAGAAAGUCUUCUGGCUCAGAUGUCAGAUGAUUUUUGAAGUGGAAGAACAUUUAUAGUUAUUUCACUUCUUUUUUCACCUUCAUCUUCUCACAUUUACAGCUUUUUCUUUCUUUCUUUCUUCCUUUUUUUUUUUUUUGAUGAGGAAGAUUGGCCCUGAGCUA